AUGAAUUUUUUAUUGACAAUUGGAAGCGACGACAACAAAAAACGAGAUGCCUUAAUUGCUCGUGACAAACUUUGUAAAAAUGAUUUGAGUGAUCAUCUAAUGUUAAUUCGCCUAUUUAAUGCUUAUGAAUCAGAACCAACUCAAUAUUUAAAAGAAAAAUUUUGUGACCAAUAUUUGGUUAGCGAACAAGCAAUGAGGAUGAUUCAUGGAAUAAAAAAACAAUUAAUUUAUGAACUUAGACGAUGUCAUUUAGUCCCAGAUGAUAUAUUUAGAGCAGAAGAUGACUCGUCUUUAAAUAAAUAUUCUGAUAGUUGGCCAAUGGUACAAGCAGUAAUUGUUGCUGGAUCUUAUCCGAAUAUUGGUUUUGUGCAAAGAGGCAACAAAUUUAAUAGGAUUCGUUCACAUGUUGGAAAAUCAUCAAUUUUUCACGCUAGUUCCUCAUUAAAAAAGCAAUUAACAACAAUUACGAAUACCUCAUCAAAUAAUUCAAAGAAAAUUGAACCAGAAUAUUUUGUAUUUCACGAAGCAAUUGCAAAAGAUGAUAGUAUUAUGACUCAACAUUCAAUCAAAAUUGUUACAGCAGUUCCUCAAAUUGCUGUUUUAUUAUUUGCGGGUCCAAUUCGAAUGGCAGCGGAAGCUUUGGCAUAUUUUGAAAUUGUUGAUACAAGUGGCGAUCUUCAACGAAAACGGCAAUUAAUUCGUGAAGAGAAAAUUGCAAAAUGGAAAGAACAACAAGAAAAUGAAAGGCGUUUGUGGAAUGAACGGAAUAUUAUUAUUCAUCUGGAUGAACACGAUACUGGUGAUCUUAAAGAUGAGGACCUGCCUCAUUCUCUUCAAGACGAUGAAUUUCUACAGCUUGACAAAUGGUUUGGGUUUCGAGGCAAAUUCAAUACAUUACAACGGGUUAUUCGUCUUCGCUGUCGCAUAAUGGAUUUGGUAGUUCGUUCACUUACAUUUGGUCAAAACAAGAAACAUGAUGAGCCUCUGCUAGAUUGUCUUAAUCAAAUUCUUUGCAUUGCACAUAAAUCUCAAGGAUUCAAUUCAGUGGUGGAUUUAUCAAGAGGGCCUUCACAACGUAAAAUUCGUACAGUUUCUAAUUCAAAUCGAAAUUUGGCUGCAACAGCACAUUCUGGAUCGAAGCAUAUUAGAUGA